ACCACAGAGUACUCUGCCAAUGCUGAGAUGCAUACAGAUGCUGUCCAAAGUGUGCUAGAGAUGGGCUACAGUCAAGAUGUUAUACGGAAUGCUCUACGUGCGAUAAGAAAUAGAGAUGAUGGACGGACAUUAAGUACCAGAAUGUUGAUUGAGAAAAUCUUAGACUUAGAAGAUGAAGAAUCCGCCUCAGUCCAAGGGACACCAGAGAACCAGAUUAGCAUAAAUAAUUAUGGUUCAGCGUCAUCAAAAAGCGAUUGCAUUGAAUCAGUCGGUAUGUGCGAUAUGGCUCCAGCGAAAAAAUCAGACAGUGGACUAACGAAAUCAUUCAGAACUCAAACACCUUCACUUGAUAUUUCAUGUGAUGGAAUUGAUGAAACAUUGGAGCUGAACAACGAAAACCAAAGACUGAGAAACAUACUAUUUUGCCGCCAUUGCAAGAACAAAGUUCGUGAAGUUGUGUUUCUAAGUUGCCCAUGUCCACAUCUUUUGUUCUGCAAUGAUUGUUACUUAUUUUACGAUAUUUGUCCAGUGUGUAACACUCUAGUCAAAGCAUUGAUGAAUGUAAGGUGGUAACAAAUGUGGUAUAAAGGCGGGGUGGGGUAGUAAAAAAACUUAUUUUCUAUAAAUUCUAAGUCAAAUUCUUCGGUAAGAAAUAAAUGCGUAUUUUAAUGAGUACAUAUAAUGUGAACAAAUAUUUGCAGUAUGAAUUUUACAUAUUCUCCGAUGUUUGAAAAUUGCUUUAGAAGCAUAAUUGAACGCAUAAAAAAUAUACAAAAUUUCACCUAAGUGUGGUUACAACCUAAAUUACAGCAUACAGGAUCUUUAAAUCUGCCUUCUGUCCCAAAUGUGUGGGGAAAAACACUGCCAUUUACAAGACUCAUCUACGAACUAUAGGUAAUGGCAUGGAAACUGCACAGACUUAGUGUUUUUCAAUCAGAUAUGUUAUAUUAAUUUAUAUUAAUUGGUGUCAAAAUGCGGUUUUAAUUACAGAGUGUUAUUCUUCCUUGCAUAAAGUGACAGUGAAUUGACUUGUUUACAUUUUAAAUGUAAUGUGAUAAGUGUUUGCAGUAUAAACAGUUUGCGGCUAACAAGGCAUUCAAUUUCGUGAUAUGUUUAAAUUAACUUUUUUUUAAUUAUAACAUUUCUGUAGAUUGCAUACCAGAUAGAACAGCAAAGAUAAAAUAUUGUUGUUGAUUUUAAACAAAGGUUUUAUUAACUACCUUGCUGUAACAGACUGUUGAAAUUUAUGACCAUUAUUGUUUGCGAUGUUAUUUCAACUUACAUGAACUCGUUUGUUACAUAAUGAAAGAGUUGAAAUACUAUUGAUGAAGUCUAGGUUAAUAAACAAUGACUAAUCAAAUUUAACUACAGCAAUGUUACUUAAAAAUAUAUUCGUUACUGUUGUUAAAAUAAUGAUUAUUUGCUUGAAUGUUAUGUAUGCCUACACAAAAAUAUUCUGGAAGACGCCUCAGCGGGCGCCUUAUUAUAGAUUAUACAUUAUGUGUAUUGACUAUGUUGCAAACAUCUUUAUGAAUUCCAUUGUACGGUGUAUACAACAAAUUAUAAAAAUAUGCUGACGGUUUCUUGAUACUUUUUGGCAUAAUAACAAUGUUAACUUACUGAAAUCAUUAUUAUAGUAGCACGUUAAUAGUAUAAAUAGUAUAAAUCGAUGUUAACUUAAUCAGUUUCUGUACUGUAAAAUGAACAUGUUAUAUUGACAAAGUAGUAUCUUUUAUUGUUGUUUUUUAUACAUUUUGCGAGGAUCAUUCCAUAUUUGAACUUUUGUUUGCAAAGUGUUCAUUAUUAAGAUAAUAAUUUUCUAAAAAUAUAUUUUACUUAGGGGAUGCGUUGAUUGAAUGCCGCCCUUCCUUCUUGAUCUUGUUUUUCAUAUUGUAGAUUAUAUAUCUUACAAACAUUGGCUGAAGCGACCUUGUUUAUACUUAGGCAACAUUGAUUCUAUUUAUUGAAUGAUUUUCGUAAUGAACAUCAACUUGUUAACAAAUGUUUAUCAAAGUUAUCAAAUAAAAGGGUAUUACUUUUUAAUGUGUGUUUGUGUUUGGAUUAAGAGAUUAUUUACCCCUCAAUAUUCUUUGGACUUUAUUUUACAAAAGCUUUUUUAUUUGUUUGUGUUCUCUGAUAGUUUCCCUAAGUUACACAUAAGGUAUAUAGGUGAACCAUCUUUGUUUUGCGUUAUAACAAAAGUACAAAUAUUGUGAAGUAGCAGUAUGUAUUGAAGACAAAUAUAUCACCUUGUUUACAUGUUGCUUACCUUUUCACAAAUAUUAAACAUCUUAAUUUCCUACUAGUGAUCAGCAUCU